GAAUUGCCAUACGCGUUAUAAGAUACAUUAAGAAAUCGUUUCAAACUGAAUACAAAGAGAUAUCAUCAAAAUAAUCUGUCAUCCAAAAUGUGGUGCUCACAGAAAGGUCCUACAAGAUUGUGGGACCUUAGAUUAAGUUAUAUUCUUAUUUUUCAUCUUACAUUUAGUUUAGUUUUAGCUGGUAAUGAAUUAUGGCCAAUGGAGAGGCCCGAUGGAAUGCCAAACAUAAUCUCGCUAGAAGUAAUGUGUGGUAAAGAUCAUAUGGAUGUACAUUUAACUUUUUCCAAUCCGUUCGAAGGAAUAGUUAGUUCUAAGGGUCAACAUAGUGAUCCACGUUGCAUUUAUGUACCACCGUCAACUGGUAAAACAUUUUUUCAAUUCAGAAUAUCCUAUUCAAAAUGUGGAACUAAACCAGAUUUACAUGGACAAUUUUAUGAGAAUACUGUUGUUGUACAAUACGAUAAAGAUUUACUUGAAGUAUGGGAUGAAGCGAAAAGACUUCGAUGUGAAUGGUUUAAUGAUUAUGAAAAAACUGCUACAAAACCUCCUAUGGUCAUUUCAGAUUUAGAUGUUAUUCAACUUGAUUUUAGAGGUGAUAAUGUUGAUUGUUGGAUGGAAAUCCAACAUGGAAAAGGUCCAUGGGCACCGCCCGUGAGUGGAAUUGUUCCCUUAGGCUCUACUUUAACUUUAGUAGUUGCUAUCAAUGAUUAUAGAGGUGAAUUUGAUAUGCGUGUUAAAUCAUGUGUUGCGUCAGAUGGUGGUGGUCAUAUAAUAAAACUUUCAGAUGAAUUUGGUUGUGUGUUACGACCAAAAAUGAUUUCAAGAUUUUUAAAAGCAAGAGCUCCUGAUGAACGAGCAACUGUAAUAACAUAUGCUUUUUUCCAUGCUUUUAAAUUUCCUGAUGCACUAAGUGUACAUAUUAAAUGCAAGGUUGAAAUUUGUCGGCAUGGUUGUCUUGAUCAUUGUCAAUUGACUGGCAAUGUUCAUGAGCGUAAAGAUAAUAUUUUAAGUGGUGGCAACAACAACGAGAUUUAUCUUGAUCCAGGAAUAGCAAAUCGCCAUGAACACGAUGAAGAUUAUCAAGACAUUAUUCAUAAUAAAAAUCAAUUGUCGUCGAUAAAUGGAGGUAUUAAGGAUAUUUUAAAUAAUUUUAAAAUGCAUGACAAAUAUUCAAAUGUUGGAAUAAGCAACAAUUUACAAAUACCUAAAAAUAAAAACCUUCCUCCAAGACCGGUUCAUGAAACAGAGGAGACAGAUUUAGAUGCUCUUAUGUACGGAAGUGAAGAUGAAGAAGCUUUUGACGGCGAUAAUGAAACAGAUAAAGAACAUUAUUUAGAACUGAAGAAGUAUGAAAAUGAAAAAGAAGGAAAAGAUGGUAAAUUCCCGCAAGGACCACGAUUAUUUGAAGCAAAAGCUCAAAAUAGAAUCGGAAUGCCGAUGGCAGGGCCAAGAGCUUUAAAACAUGAUAAUGAUAAAGCACCAAUAUACCGACCAAAUACUAAAAAGGUACCUAUGAGUGAUGUUAAUGAUACUAAUGGGAAAUUUUCAGCUAAUAAUAAGGCUAAAUUCACAUCUGAUGGAGAUAACCGACGUCGAAGAUCCAUUCAUAUUUCUGAUAGAAAAGCACGUAGUGCUGACGUUGGGGUUAGCGGCUUAUAUGAUGUCAUUUCUGAAGCAGAUUUAGCUUUUAGCCCAGACACAAAACAGGAAUCUGUUACAGUUUUUCAAGGAAAAAUAUCAGAAGAAAUCGUUUACGGGGUUUGUAUGCCUGUACCUGGUUUUAGUAUACUUUUUAUUGUUGUUAUAUCAGCAACAAUUGUAUCAUCUUUGUUAGCUGGUUCACUUUUAUAUCGAUAUCAAUUACAAAAAGAGGCUCUUGAGAAACAAACCCCAUUAGCGCCAGCAACAUUUGCAUCAUGGAUGACUCUUAGAUUAUUUAAAAUGAGACAACAACAAGAACAAAAGCAUAAUACUCGACAUCAUCUUCAACAACAAUCGCAAACUAAUCAACAAAGAAAUAUUCAACAAUUAUCAGCGGCACAACAUCAAACAACAAGUACUGAAGUUGAUGAAACCCAACAAUAA